AUGUCGUCUGUCCGCCGGUACCUGCUCCUGGCAAGCGCCACUCUCGGCGUAGUGGCUGAGCCUUACAACACCUUCGAUGGCCCUGGGUUUCCGGCGUGCCGUGAUGUUGCGGCUGUGUAUAAUGUCACCAGUGUCGACGAGAUGGUCAGUAUAGUCAAAGAUGCCGCGGCCAACGGCUAUCCGGUUCGACCUUCGGGCAAAGGGCACAUGUGGUACGAUACCAUGUGUCAAGAUGACCCUCGCACCGUUAUCAUCAGGACCGAGAACACCAACGGGAUCUCGGAUUUCAGUCUCGAACCCGGCGCAGAGUCCGGGUCUGUCGUGAUCGAGGCUGGCGUCACGUUCCUGCAGCUUGCCGAGUAUUUACAUGAGAAUGGGGCCUCCAUGGGUUAUACUCUCGUGAACUGGAAUAUCUCUAUGGCUGGCGCCGUCGCUAUGGGUGCGCAUCGAUCCUCUAUCCGUGAAGAGUCAAUGGUUGCUGCCGGUGUUCUGUCACUGGACAUCAUCAACGGGAAUGGCGACAUCGUGACGGUAGAGAGGGACGAGACGAACGAUGACUGGUUAGCUGCAUCUACUUCUCUCGGUCUGCUUGGUGUCAUUGCGAGGAUGAAAUUCAAGAUCUACCCCGACUUUAAGGUUUUUGCCAAACAAGACAUUUACGACGAAGAUGAAGUCUUGAAUGGGGAUAUCUACGGCAUGAUUGCGCCAUAUGCCACUGCAAACUUCUGGUGGUGGCCAUAUCUCAAGAAAUUCCACCACCGCUACUACGACGAGAUCCCUGAGACGCUCAGCGACCAGGAGGGAUUCCAGAGCACCUUCUCCGUCACGGACCUCGAGGCUGCUGCCGCUAUCACCAUCCUGAACAGCGGCAAGUACCUGGAGACGUCCAACGAGCUCAUCGAGACCAUCUUCUUCGGGCUCUGGAGCGCGCCGAACUUCCACGAGAAGACGACGGAUCAGACCAUCUACACGUGGCCGGUCUACGGGUGGAACUACGACGUGCUCAUCGGCGGGCUGUACCCGGGCCAGAAGCCCGAGUGGGAGUACGGGCUGCGCGGCGAGACGCUCGAGCUGGCCUUCCCCAUGACGCGGGCCAACGACAUGCUGAAACGGGUGCGCAAGUUCUUCGACGACGAGAAGAAGGAAAAGGGCAUCACCAUGACCAGCACGUACCGCUCCGGCAUCAACAUCAAGUUCGGCAAGCCCUACUUCGACCUCCUCGGCCAGGUCACCUACGACACGAGCGACGGCGCCGACUGGAGCAAGGGCGCCAUCAUGUUCGACUUCCCGCACUUCAAGCCCAGCAUCGGCGACGGAAAGCCAUAUAACGCUGAUUUCUAUCCCCGUCUUGCAAAGGUCUUGAUUGACGAGUUCCCGUGUCGCCCACACUGGACAAAGAACACACGCGAGGUCUUUGGCAAUGCCACCAAGAACAUCGACCCAGAUCAUCUUGCAAGGUUCAAGGCCGUCAGAGAGAAGUUCGACCCAAGCGGGACGUUUAAGAGCGUCGUGGGAGAGAUCCUCGGACUAUACGACUGA